AUAGGUCACACGAGAUAAUGUUAUAUAAUCAAAUGUGGUAAUGUACUACUGCGGUGAAGAGUUAUGCCUAAUUUCUACUGAGAUUUUGUGAAGCAUGGUUAUAUAUUGGUAUAUAUUUUGGAAGAAUUAUCAGUCAGUUCACAGUAUUUCCAAUGGCAGCAAGCUACCAGACGAGAAUUCGAGAUGAAGAGGAGAUGCGGCGUAGAUUGGAAGAAGAGUUCAGCUCCUUGGCUAACGCUGAAGCGUAUUACAAAUGUGUAACUAUUAUCGAAAACGGAGAGGAUGAAGGUAAGAAACGCAGCUUAACGGACUUUGAUACCAUUCGCGAGAACAUCCUGAACCUAUCAGGACUUCCUUCACCCGCCCGAAUAAUGGAUUUUGGGGGAGGUACAGGAAUCCCCAUGUCAGCCAUUUGUAAAACACUCCAAGCCCUCAACAAAGAUGUAAUCGUCAGCGUGGAAGAACCCCAUGAAGAGUCGUUGCAGAAGUACAAGGAAUGCGUUGAGAACCUGGAAAAUGUUAAGCUGGAUGUGGCCUACUCUGGACGGUUCCAGGAUUACUUCGGGAAGUCUGUGGAAGACCUUAAGUCCAUUGGAGCGUAUCCUGAAGAACAACAGGACAGGGUGCUUGCUUUACAUUCCAUGUAUCAUCUUACACGUUGGUUGGAUGAUUUCUGUAACCCUCACGAAGACAUCAAACGAGCUGUCUUUGCCAUGUAUACCAUCCUCAAGCCUGGGGGGAUGAUAUUAAUACAGUUUAAUAGUGGGGACAACGCAUACAUUUGGAACACCGCUGUGCACUGUUUUAAAGCUCGUUUUCCUAAUGAAGCCGUAAACCUAACGAAGGUAGCGGAGGCUAGAAGUUCUUUGCUUAUUCAAGGGGAAAUUGCCGAUAUUCUGAACGAAUCAUUUCCAACCUUUAAAGCUUUGAUAUGGCACGAGGAGAUGAGGUGUGAUUUCGUGCUUCCAUCGCUGGCAGAGGUCGGUGCUUCGGUCCUGGCCAUCUAUUUCCAUGGUUGGGCAGAUAACGCUUUUAAAUUUGACUCUAGUGUGUUGUCAUUUUGCAUGGACUUCGUCCAGAGAGAAGGCAGGAAGUAUGGCCUUUCCCAAGAAGCAGACGGAAUGUGGCGGAUGUCAAAUGUUACACACUUAAUCACUAUUAAGAAAGUCAAAGCUGAUUAGGACUAUUCUAAGGACUAUUUUAAAGAAAGAACUGUAAAAGUAACAAAGUGUAGGGUUAUUCUUAUUCUUAAUCAGGAAACCAACGACACAUUACAUGGUGUACUGGUCACAUGGGAUACAUGUUAAGUUUUAUCCUGUUGUGCUUAAUCCUGCAGUUUUGUAUAUUAUUUCUAUGGAAAUCAUUAUCAAAAGAGUGACAAAUGCUAAUUUGUUGUGCACUUUUCUCAAAUGCAUGAUAGCACUAUUAUGAUGGUACAUUUUAAAAUAUAUUUCACAUUGUUCAAAGUUUGUACAUGGAGUAAAACGCAGUACUGUAAUGUGAAAUUAUAAAGAACACGUGAUCUUGGAUAUUAGGGCAUCUCGGCGUUCAUAUUGAUAAAACUUAUCAUUUUCAAUGAUAUAUUAUUCAGUUCACAUGACGGACUUUUUAUUUACUUUACAUUGGCAUUAAAACAGUCACAAUAAGAACUUUCAAACCAG